AUGAGGCCAACAAAUGCGCUAUUAGCGCGCUCAGUGUGGAAAGGUCCACACAUCGUGCCACUCCCGAUCGUUCGUCCGAAGGCUGGAGAGCGAGUCCCACCGAUCAAGACCCAGGCGCGAAGUGCGACGAUCCUCCCCAAUUUCGUCGGGCUGGUGUUCCAAGUCCACAAUGGCAAGAUCUACAACGACAUUCGGAUAACGGAGGACAUGGUCGGACACAAGUUGGGGGAGUUUUCAGCGACACGGAAGCCCUUCACCUACAAACAGACCAAGAACAAAUAG